AUGCCGACCACGCGAGGCCAAAAGCGCGACGUAGAAAUGGAGGCAGCCCUGAAGCUUUUCUUCUCAAGUCCGCGCUUCGCUGUCGCCGGCGCGUCUUCCGACCCACACAAAUACGGACACAAGAUAUUCGCUUGGUAUCUCCAGCACUCCCUCCCCGCAACACCUUUGAACCCGCGGAGCUCGAGCGUCACCAUCUUGAACCGUGCUCACACCACCGUGCCCUCGCCGACAGCUCUUCAGGACCCACCAGCAUCCAGCUACUCCCUGUCAGUGAUUACGCCACCUACAGUGACGAAGCAGUUGCUCAAAGAGGCCAAGGAGGCUGGAAUUCCUGCUGUAUGGCUCCAGCCUGGAAGUUUCGAUACCGAAGUUCUAGAGUACGCGAAAGCUAACUUCAAGGCGGCGAUUGGCGGCAAUGGUGGCAGGGGAGGAGAAGGGUGGUGCGUGCUUGUCGACGGUGAAGAAGGAAUGAGGUUAGCCGGAAGAGAAGCGUCGAGACUUUAG